GAUUCUUUUCUCACUGUGAUAGACUUGAUAGAUUGGAUGAAUUGAAUUAUUGGUUUUUGGUGUGACAAUGAUACGAUUUGUGUUGCUUCUGCUAAGUAGUAGUCUGCUGAUCAGAGAGAGUGUGGGCAAGACCAAAGUGCUUCAAGUACAAGUGAGUCAAUUUUCUGAUUCUGAAUGGUUAGAACAAUGUCGCUUGGAUUUGUUGGAAGUGGAUGAAGAUGACGACUUUCGGUUGGACUUGGAGGAAUACGCGGCGUUUCUGCAGCUGCAAACGGGCAAUAUGAUGCCAGGCGACGCUUCCGAUAUGCCCAUUCGACUCGAGUCCGUCUAUUUCUCAGCGGCGUGUUGGUGUGCCGUGGUAGAACCCACCAAUGAUCAGUGCUGUAUUGGAGGAAAUGCCCAUGUCCCACUCAAUACUCAACAAUCGCCACUCAUUGAUCCAUAUCUCAACUUUUUCUGUCAAAAUGUCAAAAAUGGAUUGGAAGAUUCGGGAUACACCAUCAUUUACAGUACUGACACUACCAAUACUAGUACACCUACUAUAGCACCUACCAUGACAAUCACCACCAUACAGACCACAGACACUCCCACUUCUACACCCAGUGUUGAUUACACAGAAAUGGGAACCAUGCCAGACACUCUCUCUCCCACUCAACCACAAUUUCCAAUCAAUCCAGAAAUUGUUCCUGGAGGAUCUGUCACCAUUGAUGAUGAUGAUGAUGCUACUAGUACAACCAGUUCACCCACUACUGCCUUUAUUGGAGGAGCGGCUGUACUCUCCAGUCAUCCUUCCACAGCACCCUCAUCAGGGCCACUGGGGGGAUCUGCCGUGCUUUCUGAUUCUCCAUCUCAAGCUCCUUCUAUCACUCCCCUGGGAGGAUCUGCUUCUGUCUCCAAGACUCCAUCGUCAUCACCUACUGACGCACCCACAGCUGUGCCCACUGUCCUACCAACUCCACCACCAACCAUCUUGCUCACUCCCUCGCCCACCAUUGCACCCACUUUGCCCACUCUUUGUGUCGAUUUUCAAUAUGUGGUCCGGAAUCAGGUUGGACUCGAUGCGGAUGCCAUUUUCAAUGAAGACAACAAUUCGGUUCUCAAUGGACUCAAACAGGCGACCAAAAAUAUUACCAUUGAUAUUCUCAAUGGAGACUAUCCAUCCAAGAAGAGAAUGUUGCGAAGUCUACUCCAACGAAACGAACACGACAAUGCACAACGGACCACGCCCAAUAUUCUCAACUUGCCGUACAUAACCACCAAUACUGCCUCCUCAACGAAGAUGACGACGACGAGUUCCUCAUCCAAUUCAAGAAAUUGGCUGCGAGCAAGUCCGCCACAGCAAUCCGUAUCAUUACAGCAACAUCAUCAUGAUGGUCGUCGCCGACUGGCCUACUACACGGACGACUAUCCCGUCAUUAUCAAUACCGUGUCCGACAAUCCACUUUGUAAUGGAUCCUCGCAAAAUCAAGCCGUCAUGUGUGCCAUUGUAUCCUCCACUGUCUGUGUUGUUUUGGAGGAUGGAGAUGAUCCCGAGGAAGUACGGAAUACGCUCAUUACGGGACUUCGCAUUGCCGUCGAUUCAGGAGACUUUUUAGGACGGAUCCCGGCCGAAGAUUUGAUCAUGGAGUAACAUAACGGAUGACGGAACAAAGGCGCCGAGUGAGGAAUGAGAUCAAUCGCCAUGGCCACUGCUGUGUUUGUAGUGGUACUAAUGGCACUUACUUGUGCAGCCAGCAAGCAACAGUUGCACACAUCAUGACAUUGUAUGCAUGUGAUGGAUGAAUGGACCAAAUCUAUAGUUAUUUAUUCUUUUAAAACCAACAACCAAAAAGGCUAGCUAGAGGUAUACUACUACAUGUAGAUCUAUGCACGUAUGUUUGCGUCAUCCAUCUACAUGUAUGUAUAG